GGCGGAGUGUGAGCAGGCUCGCUUUUGGGCCGCGGCGGGAGCCGGAGUCGCCGCCACUCGAGUGCGCAGGCGCCUGGCGGUUACCGGUCUCACCAUGGAGCGGAAAGGUGAGCGGUGGAGCGGCCUCCGCCACGAGGGGCAACGGUCGCCGGGGCGAGGCCCGGGUCAGCGCCGGGAGCUUCGCUUAACUGCCGCGGUUCGGUUCCCGGACGUGCGGCGCCCCUCCACUGAGGUGGCGCCGCCCCACACCCCCUGCCUCUGGGCUGCGGGUCCGCGCCCCUCAGUCCGGGCGUCCUCUGGCGCCGGCCGUAGCCGCCCCUUGUUCCCCGCCAGGCCGGCUCGCGCCUUGGGGCCACUCCAGGGCCCGGCGCUUGGCGGGCGACGCAGACCCCCACCCGCCCGUCCCCUGACCCGGCCUGAGACCCCUCCGGCGCAUCCCGCCUGGGCGCUGCUCUGCGCCCCGUGGGCCGCCAGCCCCACGGCCGGCCGCCUCGCCGGAGCCUCAGCGCUCGUCCCGCAGCCGCCCCCGAGGCAGGCCCCGCAGCCGGGCCUGGCGCCCCUGCUGGGUCUCCACCCUCACCUUGGUCGCCUCCUUUCCUCCACAUUCGCCCUUCAUCCAUCCCUCUCUCCUGCAGUGCUUGCGCUCCAGGCCCGAAAGAAAAGGACCAAGGCCAAGAAGGACAAAGCCCAAAGGAAAUCUGAAACUCAGCACCGAGGCUCUGCUCCCCACUCUGAGAGUGAUCUACCAGAGCAGGAAGAGGAGAUUCUGGGAUCUGAUGAUGAUGAGCAAGAAGAUCCUAAUGAUUAUUGUAAAGGAGGUUAUCAUCUUGUGAAAAUUGGAGAUCUAUUCAAUGGGAGAUACCAUGUGAUCCGAAAGUUAGGCUGGGGACACUUUUCAACAGUAUGGUUAUCAUGGGAUAUUCAGGGGAAGAAAUUUGUGGCAAUGAAAGUAGUUAAAAGUGCUGAACAUUACACUGAAACAGCACUAGAUGAAAUCCGGUUGCUGAAGUCAGUUCGCAAUUCAGACCCUAAUGAUCCAAAUAGAGAAAUGGUUGUUCAACUACUAGAUGACUUUAAAAUAUCAGGAGUUAAUGGAACACAUAUCUGCAUGGUAUUUGAAGUUUUGGGGCAUCAUCUGCUCAAGUGGAUCAUCAAAUCCAAUUAUCAGGGGCUUCCACUGCCUUGUGUCAAAAAAAUUAUUCAGCAAGUGUUACAGGGUCUUGAUUAUUUACAUACCAAGUGCCGUAUCAUCCACACUGACAUUAAACCAGAGAACAUCUUAUUGUCAGUGAAUGAGCAGUACAUUCGGAGGCUGGCUGCAGAAGCAACAGAAUGGCAGCGAUCUGGAGCUCCUCCGCCUUCCGGAUCUGCAGUCAGUACUGCUCCCCAGCCUAAACCAGCUGACAAAAUGUCAAAGAAUAAGAAGAAGAAAUUGAAGAAGAAGCAGAAGCGCCAGGCAGAAUUACUAGAGAAGCGAAUGCAGGAAAUUGAGGAAAUGGAGAAAGAGUCGGGCCCUGGGCAAAAAAGACCAAACAAGCAAGAAGACUCAGAGAGUCCUGUUGAAAGACCCUUGAAAGAGAACCCACCUAAUAAAAUGACCCAAGAAAAACUUGAAGAGUCAAGUACCAUUGGCCAGGAUCAAACGUUUAUGGAACGUGAUACAGAGGGUGGUGCAGCAGAAAUUAAUUGCAAUGGAGUGAUUGAAGUCAUUAAUUAUACUCAGAACAGUAAUAAUGAAACAUUGAGACAUAAAGAGGAUCUACAUAAUGCUAAUGACUGUGAUGUCCAAAAUUUGAAUCAGGAAUCUAGUUUCCUAAGCUCCCAAAAUGGAGACAGCAGCACAUCUCAAGAAACAGACUCUUGUACACCUAUAACAUCUGAGGUGUCAGACACCAUGGUGUGCCAGUCUUCCUCAACUGUAGGUCAGUCAUUCAGUGAACAACACAUUAGCCAACUUCAAGAAAGCAUUCGGGCAGAGAUACCCUGUGAAGAUGAACAAGAGCAAGAACAUAACGGACCACUGGACAACAAAGGAAAAUCCACGGCUGGAAAUUUUCUUGUUAAUCCCCUUGAGCCAAAAAAUGCAGAAAAGCUCAAGGUGAAGAUUGCUGACCUUGGAAAUGCUUGUUGGGUGCACAAACAUUUCACUGAAGAUAUUCAAACAAGGCAAUAUCGUUCCUUGGAAGUUCUAAUCGGAUCUGGCUAUAAUACCCCUGCUGACAUUUGGAGCACGGCAUGCAUGGCCUUUGAACUGGCCACAGGUGACUAUUUGUUUGAACCUCAUUCAGGGGAAGAGUACACUCGAGAUGAAGAUCACAUUGCAUUGAUCAUAGAACUUCUGGGGAAGGUGCCUCGCAAGCUCAUUGUGGCAGGAAAAUAUUCCAAGGAAUUUUUCACCAAAAAAGGUGACCUGAAACAUAUCACGAAGCUGAAACCUUGGGGCCUUUUUGAGGUUCUAGUGGAGAAGUAUGAGUGGUCUCAGGAAGAGGCAGCUGGCUUCACAGAUUUCUUACUGCCCAUGUUGGAGCUGAUCCCUGAGAAGAGAGCCACUGCCGCCGAGUGUCUCCGGCACCCUUGGCUUAACUCCUAAGCCCCUGCCCAGCACCACAGCAGAGAUCACACACUGACCCUCCGCCCUUCCCCUCCAAGCAUUUUCCUCUUCCCUUUUCAGGGUGAAGCUCUUCCUUCAAGAGUUUCUAGAUCUUGUUUUUUUUUUAAUCCAACAUGUUCAUUUGGGUUUGCUUACUUGACCCUGUGGAGAUCCCCACAGCCAUUGGGCAUCCUAGGUGAAUUUGGCCUUGGUUGGGCUCUGCCAAAGACUAAUGGACUAAAAUGUGAAACAGCCUCUUGCCCUGUACCUUUCCUUCCCAUUAGGACAUCCUUUAAAUUAUAAGCAUCCUUUUUGAAAAGAGCUAUGAAGGUGUAUGAGCCCAUCCUUUUAUUCAUUGACUCUAAGAGUCAAAUUUUCUAGUGCAUAUCCUAUUGCCAGCAUAAGGAUGAGGAGGGGGAAAGGGUCUUAAUUCUAUGUACAGCAGAGACAUUAAACUUGCUGUGUCCGGGCUGCAUCAUCUUCCUGGACUGUUUCUGUUGUUCUCUGUGUUCACAUUUUUUCCUGCAACUUUUAAGCUACUGUCUUUUUUAAAUAGCUAUAUGAACACCAAAUUUGGGUACCAUUUUAUCACUGUUCAAAGCACUGUCAAAUUCCUUUCAUCCUUUAAUAGUUAAGAUCUUUGAAUCUUCAGUCUGAUUUUUAAUGUAAGCAAAAACAGAACCAUUGAAUAGUAAUUUCUUGAGAACCUCAGGUGUUCUAUAAACAGUCCUUUCUUGUAUGUCUUCUAUUACCCUAAGACCAGAGUUAUUUUGGUUGGUUGUUUUGUUUUAUUUUUUGUUUUUGUAUCCAUGGCUGGCACUUUACUCAUUGCACUUGAGUUUAUUGCCCCAUAACUAAAGGAUCAGGAUGAUGGUAGAACGGAGAUCUGGGUUUCAGAGCUUUCCCGUUUAAGAAAAAUAGAUCUUGAGAUUCUGAUUCUUUUCCAAACAGUCCCCUGCUUUCAUGUACAGCUUUUUCUUUACCUUACCCAAAAUUCUGGCCUUGAAGCAGUUUUCCUCUAUGGCUUUGCCUUUCUCAUUUUCUCAGAGGCGCGAGUCUUUAAUAUAACCCCAAAUGAAAGAACCAAGGGGAGGGGUGGGAUGGCACUUUUUUUUGUUGGUCUUGUUUUGUUUUGUUUUUUGGUUGGUUAUUUUUUAAGAUUAGCCAUUCUCUGCUGCUAUUUCCCUACAUAAUGUCAAUUUUUAACCAUAAUUUUGACAUGAUUGAGAUGUACUUGAGGCUUUUUUGUUUUAAUUGAGAAUAGACUUUGCAAUUUUUUUUUAGGAUGAGCCUCUCCUAGACUUGACCUAGAAUAUUACAUAUUCCUCCAGUAAUACUGAAGAGCAAAAGAGAGGCAGGAUUGGGGUCACAGCCGCUUCUUCAGCAUGGACCAAGUGGGCCUUGGGGAUUGCAGCGUUCUCGAAGUGGCUGUAGGACUCGAAUUUACAGAAAGCCACAGAGGUGCAACUUGAGGCUCUGCUAGCAAGCCACCAGUGAGGCUAUUGGGUAACCACCUUUCUAUACAGGAGAUUGGAAUCUACUUUGUCAUUUAUCCACCACAGUGACAAAGGAAAAGUGGUGCCGUUAUGCAAUCCAUUUAACUCAUAAACAUAUUACUCUGAGUAACUGGCCAGCCAUUCAUCGGAUCCUUCACUGGGUACUCCUGAAAUCAGACAUGUUCCUGUAGAAAGAAUUUUAAGUUAGGCUUUCUAUGCACCUAUCAAGAAUCAAGAGAAUAGAUUGUAUCAAACAACGGCAGGGAAAUCCUUCAGCAAUUCUAAUCCACUUUGGGUUUUCAGCUGUUUUUACAUCUAAAGCAAUAGACUAGAACUGAAUUAUCUUCUACAUAGUAAAAUCACAAUUGUGGAAUUACAGGAAUUCUGGUGAUAUUAAGGUGAAAUAACAAAACACAAAAGGCCCUAUUUUAACAGUUGAUGUGACAGUAAGUUUUAAUAGAACCUGUAACUUCAUUUUGGAAAUGCUUCUCCACCAAAUAAGGGCUUUUUCCCCUAUUUAAGGAGCCAGAUGGAUUGAAAGAUGUGGAAAUAGGCAGCUGUAGCAUAGAUCUUGAUCUUCCAGGUACCCCAUGUACCUUUAUUGAGCUUAAUUAUAAUACUGUCAAAUUGCCACGAUCUCACUAAAGGAUUUCUAUUUGCUGUCAGUUAAAAAUAAAGCCCUAAAUACAUUUUUAUUCUUUCUACUGAGGGCAUUGUCUGUUUUCUUUGUAAAUGCCGUACAAUAAACAAAUUAUUUAAUAACCUA